AUGUCAAUUGUUAAAAGGUCUACACAGAGUGAUGACAAAUAUGGGAUAGUCAUAGAUUCUGGUUCAUCUGGUUCAAGAAUUCAAAUCUAUAAAUGGAAGGAUCAGAAACAAGAAUUGAAAUCAAAAGAUCAAGCCGUAUUACAAUCUCCACCAAAAAUUGUACAAGAGAAAGACUGGAGUAAGAAAAUCACUCCUGGUAUAUCAUCAUUCAAUACAAGGAGUAAGUUCUCAAAAAUUUGGCUGGACCAUUAUUCCGAUUUGUUGAAGUUUGCUGAAGGUAUCAUUCCGCCUGAAAAGCAUUCAGAAACUCCCGUGUUUGUCUUGAGUACAGCUGGUAUGAGACUCUUACCUGAGAAAACUCAAAAAUACAUACUUAAAGAAACUUGUUCAAGUAUCAAGAAGAAUACCAAUUUUUAUAUUCCUACCAAAGAUUGUGAUAACUUUGUUGAAAUCAUUGAUGGGUCAACAGAAGGUAUUUAUGGGUGGUUAGGGUUAAAUUACCUUAUGGGUCAGUUUAACGGAUAUGAUAGCACGCAAGAUAAAAUUCACGAGUCUAUCGGAUUUAUGGAUAUGGGAGGUGCUUCGACCCAGAUCGCAUUUGUGCCGUCAUCCAAAGACCAGAUUUCUAAACAUGCAGAUGACUUAUCUAAAGUGACAUUAAGAAAUAUAAAUGGGGAAACGCAAACUUGGGAUUUGUUUGUCGCAACUUGGUUGGGAUUCGGUGCCAAUGAAGCAAGAAAACGUUUUCUUAAUCAAUUAAUCAAUUUAUCAAUUGUUCAGGAAGAUAACUGGAACCAUGAAAUUAGUGAUCCUUGUUUACCCAAGGGUGCUCUUUUAGACUACACAUAUGAUAAAAAGAAAUACAAAAUCAAAGGUGUUGGGAACUAUGAAAUGUGUGUCAAGACAAUUUAUCCAUUGUUGAUGAAAAACAUGCCUUGUAUCGAUGAGCCAUGUCUUUUCAAUGGUAUUCAUGGGCCAAAGUUAAAUUUUGAACUGGAUAAGUUUAUUGGAAUCUCAGAAUAUUGGUAUACUGCAAAUGACAUUUUCCAAAGUGGUGGAGAGUACAACUAUAAAGCGUUUAACACGAAGGUCAAAGAAUUUUGUGAAAGUAAUUGGGAUACAAUUUUACUGAAAUCGGAACAGGGACAUUAUUCCAAUUUGGAGCCUGAAAAAUUCUUGAAAGAUGCAUGUUUUAAAGCAAGUUGGGUGAUGAAUAUUUUGCAUGAAGGGUUUGAGUUGCCACGCAUUGGAUUUGAGACCGAUGACCAGGGUGAAACUGAAAAAGAGAAGGAUAUCACGAAUGUACACGUUCCAUUUAAAUCAGCCAACUCGGUAGAUGGCGGGGAAUUAUCCUGGACAUUGGGUAAAAUUUUACUCUUUGCUUCUUCACAAAUUGAGCCAAAAGGUAAAAAAGAAGAUGCUAGGGAAAUAGGUAUCUUUCCAAGUGAAGUUUCAGGAAAGAAAUUUGUUCCUGGAGGUAUGAUCCAUUCGAAGGAUGGUAACUACUACUCAAGCGAUGAUGAGGAAGACGAUGACAAGGAUAGUGGUCUAAUGCAUGGUUUAUACUCCUUGAUAUUUAUUUUGUUGUUGUUAUUUUUCUUGUAUCAUUUUGGAAAAUCACAUUUUGGAAGAUGGACUAACAAGUUGAAGAAAUUGCAUGUUCCAAUACAAGUUAGAAAGGCUGUUAAUUCUAUUGGAUCGAAGAUUCCAGGAAUCAAACAAUACUUUGAGAGCAUUGUCAUGUACCAAGAUCUUGAAGAUCAAAAUAUUAUGUUGGAAGAAGGUGUUGCUGAUAAUUCAAAUGUCAACUUGAAUACAAUUCCCGAAUCUAAUUCUGCAUCAGCAUCGGUAUUGAGAACUCGUCUGGCUAUUGGAUUGAAUGAAGAUUUCGGCAACGAUGCUAGAGGGGUUUCAGCCCAGACAUUAGCCAACUCAAAUUUGUUUAAUCCACGAGCUACUAAUUUCUUGAAUAAGCCGUUUGUGCUUCCGAAAAAGAAUAUUUAUAACAAUCAUUUCUCAGCAAACAAUAGUCGAGAGUCAUUACCUAGAAGCUCUAGUAAUUCAUCUAUUCCAAGAGCAAAGAGUUCGUUAGAUUAG